UCAUCAUCAUCGUCAGUCGCUGCUCUUUGAUCUGGAGGCGCAGUGUGCGCAUGCGCGCCUCAUUGCCUCCACUGCGCUGGACUAAGUUGGACGUGCGCUGCCUUCGCCAGGUCCGCGAGCCCCGUUCAGCAGAACUGUUGCGAUGGAGCGGCAGAGGAAAACACAGUGCAUCUUCCUGCUGUGUCCCCUCAUCAUGACGGCCGUGUGCGCGCAAAGCAACAGAGACCCCAGCAACAUGCCCGUGGUGAAAGACACGGUGGAUAGACUCAUGAAGGGAUACGACAUUCGGCUGAGGCCAGAUUUCGGAGGGGCUCCGGUGGCGGUGGGGAUGAACAUAGACAUUGCCAGCAUUGACAUGGUGUCCGAGGUGAACAUGGACUACACCCUGACCAUGUACUUCCAGCAAGCCUGGAGGGACAAGCGCCUCUCCUACUCAGAGAUCCCCCUGAACCUGACGCUGGACAACCGCGUGGCCGACCAGCUGUGGGUCCCCGACACGUACUUCCUCAACGACAAGAAGUCCUUCGUCCACGGCGUCACCGUCAAGAACCGCAUGAUCCGCCUGCACCCCGACGGAACCGUGCUGUACGGACUGAGGAUCACCACCACUGCGGCCUGUAUGAUGGACCUGAGACGCUACCCACUGGACGAGCAGAACUGCACGUUAGAGAUCGAGAGCUACGGCUACACCACCGAUGACAUUGAGUUCUACUGGCGAGGAGGAGACGGCGCUGUCUCUGGAGUGGAACGUAUCGAGCUGCCUCAGUUCUCCAUCGUGGACUACAAACUCAUCUCCAAGAACGUGGUCUUCUCUACAGGUUCAUACCCACGGCUGUCCCUGAGCUUUAAACUGAAGAGGAACAUUGGCUACUUCAUCCUGCAGACGUACAUGCCUUCCAUCCUAAUCACCAUCCUCUCCUGGGUCUCCUUCUGGAUCAACUACGAUGCCUCCGCUGCCCGUGUGGCUCUAGGUAUCACCACUGUGCUGACUAUGACCACCAUUAACACUCACUUGCGAGAGACCCUCCCCAAGAUCCCCUAUGUGAAGGCCAUAGACAUGUACCUGAUGGGCUGCUUUGUCUUUGUCUUCCUGGCCCUGUUGGAGUACGCCUUCGUCAACUACAUCUUCUUCGGCCGAGGCCCUCAGAGACAGAAGAAGGCGGCGGAGAAGGCUGCCACCGCCAACAACGAGAAACUGAGGCCAGAUCCCAACAAGUGGAUGGUGGGAAAUGUAGUUCAGAGAGACGAUGCUCUCUAUGCCAGAAUGAAACAGAGGGAAAUUGACGUGUAUGACUCGAUGUGGGAUCCAAUCUUUGCGGAGGAUGCUGCAUUAGGACUAGGCGAGCAGAGACUUAAGAUGAACCCAGAUGACAUCCGGCUGACCACGGUGGAGAUGAAGAACGAGAUGGGCCCGGGGGAUCUGUCCCGGGGUCUGGGGGACCCCCGCAGCAGCAGCAUGCUGGCCUACGACAGCUCCACGCUGCAGUACAGGCGGGCCGCCCUGGCGCGCCACAACUACGGCCACAGCGGCCUGGAGCGCCACUCCACGCAGAAGAAGAGCCGCCUGAGGAGACGGGCCUCGCAGCUCAAGGUCAACAUCCCCGACCUGUCCGACGUCAACUCCAUCGACAAGUGGUCCAGGAUGAUCUUCCCCACCGUCUUCUCCUUCUUCAACGUGGUCUACUGGCUCUACUACGUCCAUUAAGGAGGGGCGGAGAGGACGGCGAGCGGACCAGAACACGUUUAAAAAAGAGAAAACCUAAUGAGAAUUAACGACAACGAGAAAAAAAAACGAGAAAAAAAAACAAACACUGCGCCCCUUUUUCGCUGAUUUCUUUCUGCUUUUAUUGGAGGUAAAGAGACUUGGAACACGCGGGGACAAAAAAAAUGAUAAUAAAUCAGGAUUACAACUACUUUCUUUUUCUUCCGAGAGCACCACGAUAACGACUGACAAUUUAAACACACCAACAACAACAACAACAAAAAAAAAGAAGAACAAAAAAACUGGACUGAAAAAACUGGGGCCUGUUGCGGAGUUUCAGUAUAUCACGUAUAUUUGUCAUUCGUAGCUUACUCGCUUACUCUGUGGAUCAAAUAUUUAUGCUUGUGUUUGCAUAUCUUUUAAGGAUUCGUUUUUUUGGUUAGUCUAUCUAUUUACUUCGUAGACAAUGCCUACUGCAUCCAGGAAAGCUUUAUAGAUGAUUUUUUGAAGGAGUCAUCCUUGAAAGCCUAUUUUCCUAUAGUUAAAACUGCUGUCUUUCAGACAUCUUUUAAAAAAACGCAUGCUUCGGUUCGUUUUCGUUUUCCACAUCUCCUGCGGCGAGAUGGAGCACAAUGCAUUUUAGUUUUUUGACUGGUUAUAAAAGAUCCUUCUGUUCUUUCGAAAAAUGAGUUCGCUUGGGCGCAACUGCAAAGCACUGUCUUUCUGGGAGCCAAACAGGGUAAAAAAAAACACACGCCAGGUAACUUGUUGUCAUCAUGACGUCGCCGAGCGGAUGCGGACGGGCCUGCUGACCCGAAAUGGCUUAAACUUGCCCCUCCUAUGGUGGGGACUCUGAACAUUUGAGGGAAAUGGAACGAGAUUGGGGCGAACUAUGACUGAGGACAUUUGUGGCCCCGUGGAAGGACAAGAUAGAGAUGCGUCAUUAUCCUGGCAAUCUGUCCAAACGUAGGCCAUCAAAAACUACACUCCACACACCAAUCCUCAUCUCUACACUGUAUAAACUCAUGGGUGGCUAUCAAAAGGCGGAGAGCUAAAGGCUGUUUGUUUAAGCAUCUCUGAAGUGUUCUCAACAAAUGACAAUGAUCAAUGAUGAUGGACAAGGUGAGUUACCCCUUGAUAUAUAAAAAAAAAAACGAUAUUUAAAAAGAAAACGACAUACCUGUAAUUCAUUAUCACUAUCGAUAGAUUUAAGUUUAAGAGAAAAAAAAGAAGAGCUCAUAGAUGAUAUUAAAAACCAUGUUAUUAAAAAAAAAAUUAUAAUUCAAUAGUAUACUAUCAGAUGUUAAUGUUAUAAAUCAUUAUUUAAACAUGUAUUUUUUGGUGUACUAGGUUUCUUACUGUGGAGAAAGAUCUGUAAUUGGUGCAGAGCAGGCUAGCGGCCGGGAUCUUUCUCACAGCCUGUACGUGCACCGCUUGUUGAGAGUACAGAAUGCUGAAAAAUGAAUAAAGUCACCAUAUCAAAAACACGACAGUAUUUGGAUAGAACAAUCAAGGCAUCUGGAAGGCAAUUUUGUACAAAAUCCUGUAAAUUGUAAUGAUAUUUCAUAAUGACCUGUAAAUAUAUAUUGUGUAAUGACUGUCAACAAAUAACAAAAAUGUAUCUAAAUUAAAUUAUUAAAGCUGGGUCAAGCUUACAUCA